GAACUAUUUUGUUUUAGUAGAAUUAUAGUUAAUAAUCAAAUUAUUUAUUUCAGGUGCCGUAAGAGUGGAAUCGUUCACAAGAUUGCCUCCUCCUCUACAUCCUGCAUCAAUGACAGACUCUCACGCCACCACUGGUGAAGGAACAGAAUGUAUUCCAAAUACUACAACGGAGGAAGGUCUAACGGUGGAUCCUAAAAUUGAAGAGUUAGAUGAAGACAGUGAAGAGUUUCUGCAACGAUUAGCCACGCGUCAUUACUAUAGCUACACAGCCGCUCUUGGCGUGACUGUGGGUGUGGGAUGUCUCCUGUUGGUCCUCAACAUGCUGAUUUUCGCAGGAAUUUACUACCAACGAGAAAGAGAUCGCCGUCGGCAAAGCCAUUCGAGAUCUCGCCAAAACCGGUCAAACUCCACCCCCUCCACGGAGACUAUUCCGAUGUCACAGCGUCCCUCGACCCCCGGAAGUUCAGCUCGACAGUCACCGAUCGCGCCCAAGAAAGAAAAAUCCGGUGAUUUCCCGCCUUCGUACACGAUGGUCCCCAACAGCUUGACCUGCUCAUCUCUGUCUAGAAAAGACAAACCUCCGCCUCCGGUUAGAACCUCCAGUAACCCUCCGGGCGGCACCGUUAAGAAACGGGUUCAAAUCCAAGAGAUUUCCGUAUAGCAGGAAGGUGGGGGUGAGUCACGGUCCAGUCCUGCGAAGCCUAGGAAGCCUGAUAUCACCCCUGAGUGCGAGCAUUGUGAUUUGGUGUCUGUACAGUUAUAACAGGAAAACGACGUUUGUGUUAUAGUUUUAAUGUAGGGAUUUUUGGGCAAUUUUUGUACAUACUUGUAGGAGUAAACGUUUUUUGGAAAAAAAUUCGCCACUAUUAUGGAUAAAACGUAAAAAUUGUUUGAUUUUUGUUUGAAUUAAU